GAAGCCAUUAAUUGUUAUUGCAAUAACAAUUAUGGUUCGUGUUAGCAACUUCAUCGUAGGGUUCGUGAACGUCUUGUUGCUGUUACUAGGACUCGUUGCCCUGUCCUUUGGGGUGUACUUCGUCGUCCACGGGAGCAGUCAUUGCGAGAAAGUUAUGACGGAUCCGUUGCUUAUACUGGGUGGCUUUCUGGUCGUGGUUUCUUUGCUGGGGUUGAUCGGUUCUCUUUGCAAGAACAACUUUUUCAUGUUUGUUUACUUGACCGUCAUGUUUCUGCUGAUACUUGGUCUCAUCGCUUUCACUGUUUUCGUGUUUCUGGUUACCAAUCCUGGUGCUGGGAAGGCGUUUUCGGACCGAGGGUAUAAGGAAUAUAAAACUGGGGAUUUCUCUAAUUGGUUGCAGAAUCAUUUUGUUAAUGACAAGAACUGGAAUCAAAUUAGGAGUUGUUUGAUUGAGGCCAAGGUUUGCAACAGUGCUGGAAAUGAUGUUAAUUAUAAUGUCUUGCUUUUUUUCAAGAACACCCUCCCUAGAAUACAGGCUGGCUGCUGCAAGCCACCAGCUCCCUGUGGAUUCAGUCUCAAGAAUGCAACAUUCUGGGAUGUGCCCAAGUCCGGUCCUGCCUCAAAAGACCCUGACUGCUUAACAUGGAGCAAUAGCCAGCAGAAGCUAUGCUUUGACUGCAACUCCUGCAAAGGAGGGGUUCUCGCCAACUUGAGGAAGGAGUGGAGGUCUUUGGCUAUUAUAAACGUCAUUCUUCUGGUGGUCCUCAUUUUGGUAUAUUCUGUCGGUUGCUGUGCCAGGAGGAGCAAUCGGAGAUCUAACAAGAAAUACAUGAGAGGCUUUGCUUGACCUUUCAUGCUAUACAUAUAUGUAAUUACCAAUUUGAACAUUCAUGUUCUUAAUUUAUUAGUUGUUUUUGCCUUGGGCUUAAUAAUUUUAUUCCAGAUUAU